AUGCGGUGGACUACAGAAGAAAUUGUCCAGUGUGGAUCUCGUCUUGGAGGCCGAAGAGCGAUUGCGGCUGAGAUCUAUCUACCCGGUAAAACAUAUCUCGAAGGUGUGAAAGUUGAGAAAGCCGGACGCGUUGGUUUUGCUGAUCUGGAGGGUUUGGAUUUUGCCUGUCUCCUGAUGUUCACAAUGUCCUCCCGCCAUCGAGUUAUGCCUCCAGAAUUCCGCAAAAAGUACUUCCCUAUAGUGACGGAGAAGGAGUUGGAGAGCUAUAGAGAUACCGAUUGCGUCGAUCCAAAUAGAAAAAUGGCAGAAUUUUCUCCAACCAGGGAGGCCCCUCGACAUCUUCGACUUCUUUAUCAGGAACUGCUCCCGCACAAUCUUGACCCUCGUUACCGCGAUCGUCUUCGCGAACGUCUGGAGCGUCGUGAAAUGAUGCUUCGACGGCGCCAUCUGCACAUUCCCGAAUUCUAUGUCGGUUCCGUCUUGGCGACCACAGUUGCGGACAAACAUGCUCCAAACAAGAAGAAUCGGUUCGUUGGAAUUUGUAUUGAGAGAAACAAUGAAGGCCUUUGGAGUAACUUCACUCUUCGCAAUGUCAUCGAUCAGACAGCCGUAGAGGUGAAUUUUGAGCUCUACAAUCCAACGCUGCUCUCAAUAGAGGUGUUACUGUUGGAGAAGCGUUUAGACCGAAACCUCCUCUACUUACGUGACGCACCCUUGUCUGAGUCCCGUUUCCCCUUCGACCUCGCACCUGUCCCUCAUGAAAAGGACGCUCCAGUCCCUAUUAACGACAAAAAGGUGAAAUUGCUUCCACGACCGUGGCAUUUUCAGUGGCACCUACACGGGUACCGAGGCAUCGAUCUCAAGUCCAUGUACAGCCAUCUCACUACUGAAGAGUUGAAUCAGAUUGAAAAGAAGGUUGAUCUCAUUGACCGUUACGACUUGAUGAAAAUGUACAGAUCGAGGAUCACCCCAGCAGAGGAAAAUACAGUGAUGGGUGAGGUGGGUCGCCAUCACACAGAGCUGCUUCGACACAUGGACUUCCUGAAGGGUCACUGGCGCAACGGCUCGGCCUCCAAUUCCUCUUCUGACCCACCCUAG